GACAUGCCAAAUGGCGAAAUCUCAGCCAUAUUUGAUAGUGACAUUCGCUUUUCUGUUCCGAGUUUUUUUCAAGGCCCGUUCCCAAAAUGACACUAAAUUAUUGACCAUCAUUCGAGUAUAUAUAUCACACAUAAACAAGCGCUUCCCGGGGUCGUCGUUGCGUAGCCAAAAUACCUGUCAAUCAGAGCACAAGUACUUGUCCUCCCCGAAGAAAGUGCAUUUAGUUUGGGACUUUUUGAGGGUGCGGUGCUUUUGUAUGUGGGGGACCAUCUUCCAUUUUGCAAACAGAAAAAAAUGGCGAGGGGAAAGCUUCAGUUAAAGAAGAUACAAAACCCUGUCAAACGGCGGGUGACUUUCUCCAAGCGCAAAGCGGGAUUGUUGAAGAAAGCCAGCGAGCUCUCCCUUCUCUGUGAUGCGGAAGUUGCUCUCAUCAUUUUCUCGCCCAAGGGAAAUCUCUUCGAAUUUGCAAACACCAGAAUAAUGGGAAAGUAUCAAAAUAUUUUAUCAUCUACAGGACAUCAAAUACAAGUAUCAGAAAACAUAGAGACAUUACGCUUGGAAGUAGAGAAUUUGGAAAAAAGGAUGGCACAUUUGGAAAGAGCAAACAAACAUAUGACUGGCGAAGAUUUGGAUUCAUUGAGUUUCAAACAUCUGCGAUAUCUCGAAAAGAAAACCAUUUUGGGUGUAAGAAAGAUACGUUCAAGAAAGGAUAAAAUCUCAUUUGAACGUAUGGCAUCUCUGAAAAUUAAGGUAGGGGUGACUGUCAAAUUCCAGGCCUCGUUGGAGGCUUCAAAUGAACAAUCAUUGAAGAAAGAAAACGCUAAUCUCGAUAAAAAGGAAAUAAAUAUUGAGACCAACAGAGUCAAAGGAAAUAUGGAAGCGGAUGCUGCAACUCAACAAGAUCUGCCUAAAGCUAAACUCAAUCUAUGGUUUCUCACAAAUGAAGUUGAUAGGGGAAAAGAAGUGGUGGAGGACCAAAGAAAAGAAUGGAGGAAAUAUGGCUACACUAUUCUUUCUGAUGGGUGGACAGAUGACAAAAACCGCACCAUAAUUAUUUUUUUUGGUUGCUUGCAAGAACAAUGUGGUGUUCUUGAAAUUGGAGGAUGCCUCCAACAAGUUGAAAAAUGUUGUGACUUUGACUUUAAUAUUGGAGCAAAUUGUCAUGGAGGUGGGAGUUGAGAAUGUGGUACAAAUAGUCAUAGAUAAUGCAGUAGCAUAUGUGGUAGCGAGUAAAAUCUUCCUAGAUAGGCACCCCGCUCUUUUUUGGACACUUUGUGAAAGACAUUUCCUUGACCUUCUUUUGGAGGACAUAAGAAAACUUGAUUGGGUGACUCUAGUUGUGGAAGAUGCAAGAAUGAUCAUAAAAUAUAUUUACAAUCACCCUUGGGUUCUUCACUUGAUGAGAUUUCACACCCAAGGGAGAGAUUUUGUAAGAGCGGGUAUCACAAGGUUUGCAACGAUUUUUUUGACGUUGCAAAGCAUUCUUGGUGCAUUGACUUCUUUGAAACAAAUGUUUGUGAUUCAAGCAUGGUUAGACUCACUUUAUUCAAAGAAGUUUGAAGG